AUGCCUCUCUACGCCUCCAAAUCAGCUUUCCUCGCUUUGGACAUGAAGGCAUGUCCCACGCCGCCCUCCGACCCCUCCUGUCCUAUCUGCCGCGAAGAUCUCCAGCCUCACGAGCCAGAAACCUCAUCCGCGGGCCCUUCAGGCGAAGUCGCACAAAAUGACACCCCCAUCCCAAACAGUUCCGCCGCUGACCACGACACCACCGCCGUCAACAGCGCACCCGCUGAACCAAACGAAGAUCACUCUCCCGUCAAGGUCACCUGUUGCAACAACAUCUUCGGUCGCAACUGUCUAGAAACCUGGCUCACCAGGGGAAACAGCUGUCCAUUCUGUCGCGCCGAGUUCUUCCCCUCGCAGACCGUACCAACCCGAAUGACAUUCGCAUGGUAUGCUCGGGCCAUUGAGGCAGCACAAGCUCGAGCCGCCGAGAGGGCGAGAGCUCGAUACACAGAGGGCAUGCAGGAGGUGACAGCUCGAUCCGGAGAGGGCAUGCAGGCGGCGACAGCUCGAUACAGAGAUAGCAUCGGUCGCAUUACACUCAUACACGAAAUGAACCUGCGUGCACAAAGAAUGCUGGAGGAGACAGUGCUACAGCGUACGCUUGAGGCUCUGCAGCAGGCGAGUCCGGGUGUGGAAUUGGCGGACCGAGAUGACGCUGAGGAUGAGGAUGAGUUGUCCUCUGAGCCCGAGUCGGAGGAUGAGUCUGAGUUGAUUCCCGAGCUAGAGUCGGAGGAUGAAAACGAAGGGUACUACUCGGAGUCUGGGUCUGUUCUGAGUGAAGAUGAGGACGACGGGUCUGAGUUUGAGGAUGAGGAUGAAGAUGAAGAUAGCGGUGAUGAGGGCGGAGGGGGCGAUGGGCCCCGGAGGGACCUGGAUCUGGAGGCGCGGUUUGUGUUGGGUGCGCUCAUACAGGUGCUUCAGUGCGAGCCUAGAGUGGCGUCGCUGGAAUAA